AUGUGCAGCACCACGUUCGUCAGGUACUAUUGCAACAAAAGAUGUGACUCCUUGAUCAGGUAUAAGCAGAACGGAGCGCAGUGUGGCGAGAAGAAAAAGUCUCCGCCGGGCAAGUUCAAUAUGUUACUCCAAAAUCUAGCAACAGAGAUCAUCGAACUGAUCGUACAGAAUCUUGCAGUGCGUUCUGACCUCAACGCCUUCUGCCAAACCAACAAACGGCUUUACCUCAUUGCCAAUGAUCUUGUUUAUCAUGAUGAUGCGCACUGGCGGUGCAGGGCCCUCCGAUGGGGUUCUGAAGAGGGACUUUUCUCAGUGGUGGAGAGAUCGUUGGAUCAAGGCGCUGAUGUCAACUUCAUCAUCAACAACGAGGAUGAGACUGCCUUGUUUCCAGCUGUUAGGAAACAGUACUGGGAUAUUGUGAAUCUUCUUCUUGCUCGAGGUGCAGACGUGCAUCUUAGGAAUAAGGUUGGGGAUAAUCUUGUGUAUUUUGCGAUGACAACUGGCAGCUAUGAUCUAGUGAAGCUCAUGUUGGAUCAAGGUGUCGAUCCAAACGCUCAUGUGGAUGGCGACGUUCCGCCUUUGCUGCUGGCUGUGAGAAGAGGAUACGUUGAUAUCGUGAGGUUACUGUUUGACAAUGGAGCACACGUCGAUGACAGCGACGACUGGGGUGAAACGCCAAUGCAUAUAGCGAUAGGCGCCCCUCAGCCUGACAUCCUCAACCUCUUCAUCGAAAAGGACGUUUUUCGCAAAGACAAGGCCGGCGCUCGUGGAGCUGAUGCUCUUGAGAUGGCUGUUAUACGGGGAGAUAUGGCAACUUUGACCCUGCUUCUUGAGGGCGGCGCUGACCCGCUUGUUCGGAGAUGGACGAGACACCAUGCGAUCAUCACCGCGGCACUGGCUCGAGAAGACAACAUUGCUAUUUACAUGACUGAGCGGUUAGUAGGAAACCCCGGUUUCAUUGAUGAGCAUGGUAAGGAGUUGCUCUGGUAUGCUGUCAAAGGAAGAUGUCAGCGGUAUACUCGCUACCUGUUGGACAAAGGGCUUGAUCCAGACAAAGAUUUGUGGAAAGAAGUCGAUGGUAUGAUGGUUGGAGGUUCUUCUUUGGUAGUGGAGAUGCUAGGCGCUGGUAUUCUCACAGCGUAA